AUGAAAAAUGAAAGCAAGCACACGGAAAAAACAAAUUUCGAAAAUGGCAAAAUAUAUGUAAUAUAUGACGAGAUUUAUGAUACACACAGGAAGGAAAAAAGGCGGAGAAAUUAUUACUGCAAAAUCGUGAGGUUCCCCAACCCUCAAGUGUUAAUAAUCAGGGCGUUAAGUGAAGUGUAUAAUUUGAAGGACAGAGUGGAGUACCUCCCUCGUAGUUACCACUUCGGCGUACUAAACACACAUAGUUAUUACAAUGGGGAAAAAAAGAGCGUCUAUGAGACGCUGCUCCUUAUGCAUGCCCUGAAUGGCAAAAGAGAGUUAACAAAGAGUGCGAGUGGCAAAAGGGGCAUGAACCCCACAAAAGAAGGAACAAAUGACCAGGGCGACAACAACAUCACAGCAUUGACCAAGGUAGGGAGCACCAGCAAACCUGAAGAUCUCUACUUAUUUCACAUUUUGAACGAAGCCCACCAAGUAUAUGAAUAUUUUUUUUACCUGUAUGGCAAAUGCUACCAAAGGUACACUCGCCAAUUUUUCGUAAAUAUAAAUCUAAACUACAAUUUGGUUAAAGGGUUUGUAAAAUUGCAGUACGUGAAUGACCGCAUGUCAAGCAAGUACAAAAAUGUGUCCCUCGACAGUAUGUUGAAUAGGCUAAUAAAACUUCUGAAUUUUUUUUCACAGUUUGGGAAGAAUUACGAGCGAAUUGAGUGCAUCAUCUUGUACGUAUAUUUCUACACCUUUUUAUGUGUGCCCAUUUGUUUCUACCCAUGGGGUUUCCCCAAUUUCGAUCGCUUAAGCAGGAAAAUACUGAAAGACGGAAAUGUUAAUAUGAUCAUUAACCAUGUGCACGCCAAUAAGAAGAGCUUAUUUUCUCUCCUCCUAAAUAUUAAAGAAGAACCUAAUGGCUACUUCGAAACUUUCGAUUUUAACCUGGCGAUAUUGAUGAACGAAGUUGCCGAGGGAAGCGACAAUUUGCAGCUACGCAACGAUAAUAGAAAUGGGCAGUGUUACCUCAACCAUAAUGCUGGCCUGUUCGAAAAGAAAGAAGGGUACAUCAACUUGAGUGAAUAUCGCCUACUGAAAGGUAUAGGUUAUAAUUCGCUGAGUCAGUUGUACAAACCGCACUUUUAUCACUUGACAGUGUUGAGACGGACGUUUUUGUUUCACAGCAAAAUGGAAGUCAUUCUGGUUUUUUUACGCCUCCUGGCCGAACGGUUGUUCGACAUGGACAUGCACUUUAGAAUGUGUGUAAGAGGGGGGCAAUAA